AAUUUGCCUUGUCUUUUAGGCCGGUUUGUAGGGUACACCCUUUUGCACUAAAACUUUAAUUUUUUUUAGGUUUGAUAUAAAGGAACAGAGAGUGGUGAAAAGUGACAAAGUAAAGAGAACCCUUCCUUCCUCCUCUUCCUCUCCUCUCCAUCUUUAAAUCCAUUUUUAAAGCUAUAUAGUAUUAUAAUUAGCAUUUUGGUGAAUGUGUAAGCAAUAAUCUCAUCUGGGUUACUUUUACCAAGUCAUGAAGAGGUUUAAUAGCUCAGAUUCUUUGGGUGCUCUAGUCACCAUUUCUCAACCAAAAGAGACUAAAAACAAUCAAGGUUAUAGUAAAGAGUUUCAAGCCAUGUUAGACAGUUUAGACCAAGAAGACUGUAAUGAAGAGUACACAGGAAAGAAGAGAAGACUGAGUUCAAAUCAAGUUAAGGCAUUGGAAAGAUAUUUUGAAAUGGAAAACAAGCUUGAGCCAGAGAGGAAAUCUAAGUUGGCUGAUGAGUUAGGCUUGCAACCAAGACAGGUAGCUAUUUGGUUUCAAAACCGUCGAGCUCGUUGGAAGACUAAACAAUUGGAGAAAGAUUACAAUCUUCUUAAGGCUAAUUAUGACUCUUUGAAGUUUUCUUAUGAAGCUCUUCAAAAACAAAAUGAUGUUCUAACAAAAAAGGUUAGACAGUUGAAUACAAAAUUGGCUACAGAGAGUGAAGAGAGCAGUCAAUCUGUAAAAGAAGAUCAUCAUCAGUCACCAUUUUCUGGACAUGAAAGCAAUGGUUUGGAUCAUAGUAAAGUCAGCUGUGAAUUAUUUCAUCAGGAAAAUGAUAAUAAUAAUAAUAAUUAUAAUUAUAAGGGAGCAGAACAAUUACUACUACUUCAUCCUCAUCAUAAUCAUCAACAUCAUGAGAGUAUUUAUGGAAACUACUAUGCCAAGUCCUGCAAAGAUGGCUACUCUGACAGUGAUUCCAUUAAUGGUGUUACAAAAGAUCAAGAUCAUAAAAAGCUUGAAUAUUCACUAGGGCCAAAUGGGUCUAAUUCUUCUUCUUGCUCAAAUACUAUGGAGAAUUGGAUUCAAAUAUCUGAUUAUAAUAACUACUCUAGAGCAUUCCCAGUCAAAAUAUGUCAACCUCAGCUCAUGAGGAUGGAAGAUCAGACUUUGUUUAGCUCAGAAGACUCUUGUAAUUUCCUUUCUGUCGAUCAAGCUCCAACCCUCCACUGGUACUUUGCUGAUCACCAGUAAAAACCAACAAAAAAAUUAUAUUUAUAAUAAAUAAAUAAAUAAAUAAAAUUUUGUUACAAGUACUCUAUAAGAGAUGAGCUUCGAUGGUGCUGUAGUUAUUUGCAAGUGGAAAAAGGUCCAUAUGUAAAUCAAAUUAAGUAUAGUGCAGCUAAUACUAGCUAUGCAUUAAUUAAUUAAUUAAUCAAGAUGUUCUUUAUUUUCUUCU